GAACCGGAUAAAAUGAUUGCGUUCUAUGCUAAAAUGUUUUAUCGGUUAGCCGAAAUUCUAAUUCACACAGGCUAUCUAAGCAACAUUACGUCAUCAGGACUGUAAGCCUUCAUGGGAAGAAUGCAUAGCAAAUUAGCAAAGAGGAAUCUCAAUUGAUAUAAAAGGUGACGGACCGUCCGCAUCUCUUGUAACGACGUGCGUGUUGUGCUUGACUCAGAUUUGGACAUUGCAUAUACAAAGAGAUAGUAGAAACAAUGGUUCAAACAUUGGCAACUAGACUUGAAUGUCCGCAACCGGCGCCCCAAUUACCGGACAACGUUAUGGAUAUGUUCUCAUUGAAGGGGAAAGUGGCCUCGAUAACGGGGUCCUCCAGGGGAAUUGGCCUGGCAAUUGCAGAGGCAUAUGCGCAAGCCGGUGCUGAUAUUGCCAUUUGGUACAACUCUUCACCAGCAGACGACUUAGCUCGUGAAAUCUCGACAAAGUACGGGGUCAAGUGCAAGGCGUACAAAGUGUCACUCACUAACUUCGAUGAAAUAUCAAAAGCUGUUGCUCAGCAAGUUGAAGAUUUCGGUACAAUUGAUAUCUUUGUUGCUAAUGCUGGUGUUGCUUGGCAAGGUGGUGCUCUACUGGAGCAAGAAGGUGAUGAUAUGUGGAACCACGUAUUGGACUUGGACUUGAACUCCAUAUAUCACUUGUCAAAAGCUGUGGGGAAAAUAUUCCAGAAGAAUGGCAAGGGCUCGUAUGUCAUCACAUCUUCCAUGUCUGCUCAUAUCGUUAAUAUUCCCCAAUUGCAAAGUGGAUACAACGCUGCAAAAGCUGCUGUGCUACACUUGGCGAAAUCUCUCGCUGUUGAGUGGGCCGGGUUUGCUAGGGUAAAUACCGUGUCUCCUGGUUACAUCGGCACAGAGCUCACAAAGUUUGCAGAUGAGGAUCUGAAGAAAGUAUGGUGGUCUCUAACACCUAUGGGCCGUGAAGGUUUGCCUAAAGAACUAGUUGGUGCGUAUCUCUAUUUAGCGUCCGAUGCCUCAACGUUCACCACUGGUACGGACAUUAAAGUCGAUGGAGGCUAUACUGCACUGUGAUUGGACUGUUUCGGUUAAUGGAGCUUUGUGUAACAUAUUAUGUGGUUCUAUUGUUGACAUUGGGGUAAAUGGAGUGUGUGUGCUUUGUGUCAAUUGGUAUUUAACUAAGUAAAGAGGAACAAAUAAGUUGUAAUAGUGAGCAAUACACAGAUCAAUUGAACAAAUUAUAAGAUGCAAGACAUAUUAG